CAAGCAACCAUGCAUGACACAGUUGCCUCUAGAAUAAGACGACGCAAUGGUUCCAAGCACGACCGAACGGGCUGUCUGACGUGCCGUUACAGACACAAGAAAUGCACUGACAACACUUUCCCGGAAUGCGGAGCAUGCAUCCGCCUCAACCUCAAAUGUGUGAGAGAGCCCAAACGUCAGAUUGCCCCUGACCCACGGGCUCAGCCCGGUGAAUCGAGCACCGCGCCCUCCGUCCGAACAGUGGAUUUCUUCCACGACUGCCACCCCUUCGCCAUCCAAGAGACGAAUCGAUCCUCUAUGCGGCAGUACGCAAUGAAAUACUACAUCAACGUUAUGACCCAGGUGUUAGCAGUCAGCCAGCAGUACAACUCCUUUCUCUCCGAAUUCGUACCAUUGUCCGUCGACUCGCCCGCUCUGUCGGGUGCAUUGAUCUCCUGGGCGUCAGGCCAUCUAGCCGCCGCAGCAGACGAGCGCUACCGCAUCACCGCGCUAGAAGCGCGAUCCACCGCCCUCGGCCAUCUGGCAUCAGCUCUAUCCGAUCCCUCCCCGCACAACGAUGCCGCCUGCACUCAAGUAGCCACCUGCCUUGUCCUCCUGACCUCGGAAGUAUGUCUCGGCAACCAGACCGGAUGGUAUGCCCACCUUCUCGGCGCAAAGAGCAUCAUCCUCUCCGCCGCCGCCACAACCUGCAGCGGAGUCGCCGGCCCCGACGCCCUCAAAUCCACCCCGGAAGGCCAGUGGAUCCUCCGCAAUUUCGCCUACCACGAUAUCCUAGGCAGUGUUACGCUGGGCACGAAGCCGCUACUGCGCGCCGAUUACCUCCACGGCAUCACGGACGGGGUGGUGGAUACGUAUCUGGGCGUGGCGGCAGGAAUCCUGCCGCUGAUCGCGGAGAUUAGUUUUUUAGACCCUUCUCCGGGUAGGGAUAGUGGCACACUGGUGUCAUUUUCCAAUCAUAACCAUGACCAGGAAGUGCAUGUAUCAUGCACUGAGAUCGAGCACAAGCUGCUGGCCUGGCGGUGCCCCAGCACCGCCUCCCCGUCGCUGGUCGCGUUGGCAUACGCCUACCGCGGCGCCGCCCGGAUCUAUCUGUACCGGCGGAUGCGGAGCUUUCUCCGCUGCCACAGCAACAGCUUCUCACGCGGUGAUGCUCUUCAGAGUGGGUAUCAAGACAACACGCUAGAAGUCAAGAUGGCAGCCGCCGUGGCCGAGACCCUGGCCCACAUCCAGGGAAUCCCCUGGGCCGAGCAAGUUGAAUCCGCGCUGUUGUUCCCGCUCUUCCUGGCCGGCGGAGAGGUGACGACGCCUGCCGCGAUGGCGGUGAUCCGCCAGCGCCUUGAGCUGAUGUUCGCGCGUCGGCGGUUCGAGAAUAUUGCGCUCGCACAGGCUACCCUGGAGGAGGUGUGGGCGCAUCGUCUGAGGGAGGCAGGGAUAAGUUCACUACCAAGUGGCGGGGGAGAUUGGGAGGAGGUUCUCGCCAGACGGGGGGGUCAGCUUUUGUUAACUUGA